AUGAAUCCUCUCUGCAAAGAAGAUUGUGAACAUCACAGCUCAUGUCUACUAAACAGUGUUGAAUCCGCUAAAAGCCACCAAUCGCGCCAGUCCAGUCACUAUUUCUGCUCUCACGAUAGAGACAUCAAAAAAAUAUCAAUAGUGUUCGUUUUUAUUUGCAUAUUUAUGAUUGUAGAGCUGUGGGGGCAUCUGAAAACUGGAAGUCUAAGUCUUCUUGCCGACUCUCUUCAUCUUCUGGUUGACAUUUCAGGAUUCAUAGUUAGUAUCAUUACCCUAAGGCUCUCAAAGCGAAUGCCCGACAAUAAAAUGAUGUUUGGCUACGAAAGAACAGAGAUCAUCGGCGCGCUGUUCUCAGUAUUCUUUAUUUGGGCUGCUGUCAUUUAUUUAAUAGCCGAGUCAAUACACAAGUAUCUGCAUCCAAAAGAAAUUGACGGGAAAACGUUCCUGACAAUAGCAGUCGCAGGAUUGAUUGUGAAUGUUCUUUGUAUGCUUGUUCUACACCAUAACCACUCCGAUUCCCAUGCCCAAUGCAAUCAUAUUAGAAAGAAGCAGAAUUUGAACAUGAGAGCAACCUAUGUCCACGUAAUAGGAGAUAUAAUACAAUCCAUCGGUGUUUUGAUAGCCUCUGUCAUUAUUUUUUUCUUUCCAAGUGCUGUAAUAGCCGAUGUUUUGUGCACCGUCUUUUUUGCUGGGCUCGUGUUGUUUUCCACAUACUUUAUUGUGAGGGAUGCAAUUAGAAUAUUGUCAGAGGGUGCACCUGAAAAUCUUAAUGUAGAAGAAAUAAAGCAGAAGAUACUGGCGAUGGACAGAGUAAUCAAAAUUAUGGACAUAAAAGUUUGGAGUGUUUCUGUAAAUAAAACAGCCAUGUCAAUUAAGAUACUCAUAGACCACGUCAGUAUGAGGGAGUAUGAAAGCAUAUUAGUCAUUUUGAAAGAGUACCUUUCAAAGGAGAAGACGAUUGAUUUUGUUAACAUCCAAAUUGACACCCCUCUGACAAAUCAGGAAUCUUCCGGAUUUGAAAUUCAAGGACUGUCGAUAAAGAACAUUAUGUGA